ACGGCCAACCCCAUCCAUCCGUCAAGCUGGCUGCACGCUGUUGACCGCCACCACCCACCGUCCCCGCGAAUACCCUCUGGUCACCUCGAAACGGUCUACACACUUAACAAUGGCUUCCGAAGCAGUCGCUAGCUCUGCCCCCGAGGGCCUGACCCCGGCGCAGAAGCUCAUGCAGGAGCACGCCGACCACCACGUCACCGUCGAAGAUGUCGUCGACGAGGACGAUGUCGCCCAUCCGCCCCCCUCGACCACGUCGCCCGCCCAUGGCUCUGCGCCCCUCAGCGACAAGGCCGCAGGCAAGCAAAGGGCCGCCGACGACGCCGCUCCCUCGAAGAAGCCCGCUCUGAACACGUCGUCCGAGGAGGCCUUCCCGGCUCUUGGUCCUGUCAAGCCCCGUGCCCAGGCCUCGGUCGCGCCCACCUGGGGCAAGAAGCCCGCCUCGGUCACCUCCAACGGAGUCAAUGGCAGUGCCCACGCCCACGACGGCUCUUCCGCUGCCCCCGCCGGCCGUGGCCCCGCCCUCCCGUCUAUGAGCAUCCCCGGCAAGCACACUGAGCGCAUCUCUCUCGCCUCCCACCAGGUCGCCCCCCGUGGAGAGCUGAAGAAGCCCAUCAACGAGAUUGUCCGCGACAUCAACAGGCGCUCCAAGGCCAAGCUCGAGUACAAGCAGGCGCCCGGUGCUCUCAUCUUCGAGGCGACUGGCUCUGUUGAGGCGGUCAGGCAGGCGCUCAAGGAGGUUGCCAACGAGGUCGGCUCCAAGCAAUCCGUCGAUGUCCCCGUCCCCGCCUCCGUCCGCGCCCACAUCAUCGGCCGUCAAGGCUCCAAGAUCCAGGAAAUCAGCAAGCGCACCGGUGCCCGCAUUCAGGUUCCCAAGGCCGAGCCGGGCGAGGAUGAAGACACGGUUGUGAAUGUCCACAUUGAGGGCAACGCCUUGACCGCUGAGAUGGCUCGUCGCGAAAUCGACGCCAUUGUCAAUGAACGCACCUCGACGGUCAACCUGCGCCUGAAAGACAUCCCUGCCGAGUUCUAUCCUUUCCUCGCUGGUCCCAACAACGUCCACGCUGACAGGCUUGUCGAGGGCCGCGAUGUCAACAUCCAGAUUCCUCAGUACCACACGUGGCAGUCGCAGGCUCCUCCUGUGGUCGGCCGCGGCCAGCCUGCUCAGUUCGUCCCCCAGGCCAACUUCCCCAUCCAGCUUUCUGGUGACCGCGUAGCUGCCCAGCAGGUCCAGGCUGAGCUCGAGCGCCGUGUCCAGCAGCUCCGCCAGCAGCUGGCUACCGAACAGCGGUCGAUUGAGCGUGGUAGGCAUCAAUUCAUUGUCGGUGACCGCGGCCACUCUCUGCACGACUUCUUGGAGGAGACUGGCUGCAGCAUCGUUCUGCCUCCUAGCUCGGACGACAGCGAGACGGUGUACAUUGUUGGCCCACCCAACAAAAUCGAGCAGGGUAUCAACAAGCUCGAGGAUCUCGCUGCUAGCAUGACCAUGGCGACCGCAGACGCUGCCCGUGAGCACAAGGGCCCCAACGCCCAAGCACACGCCCACAACCUGACCCGUUACCUGCGUCACCGAAAGGCUCUUGAGGAACUCGAGCGCAAGCACGAAGCUAGCAUCGUUGCUCCUACCGACCGUGACGCUCCAACUGGAUGGGAGAUUUACGCCAAGGACGGCAAGAACAGCAUGAAGGCUCGCACUGAUAUCAUGGGCCUUUUCCAAUCGCAUCCUCCAAGCAGGUUCUCUACCCUGAAUGUCGACCCCUUCUACCACCAGUUCUUGCAACAGCGUAACGCGCCCCAGGUCAGACAGGACCACGGCGUGCACAUUGUUUUCCCCGACGAGUCGGAGCAGUCGCCGGAGCUGAUCCUUGUCUAUGAGGGCAACACGCCAUAUGAUGAGUACAGCCUCCCACGAGGCGCGCCCUCUCAAGCUGAGAUCAAGGCAUACCAAAAGGGCCUCCAGGACGCACAGCGAUUCAUCCUGGGUCUGACUAAGGACCAGCCCCAGAUUGAGUCUCGCGGUCUCGAGUCUAACCCCAAGUUCCACCGCAAGAUUGAGCAGUUUGUCAAUGACGAGCAGCGUGGCCUCGGAGCGGACCAGGUCCCUGUUCAGGCUCUGUUCGGUCACCGACGACCUGAGCCCUACAGCCGCUCAAACAACAGCUUUGCCAUUCGUGGACCCACAAAUGCUGUUGAUGAGCUUAAUGCCAAGAUCCUUGCUUUUAUCGAACAGGCUGAAAAGGACGAACUCGAACGCAACCACAUCACAACCUUUGACUACCCCCAAAAGUACGCCAGCCACCUUGUUGGCAAGGGUGGAGAGAACAUCCAGCGUCUGCGUCAAAAGUACGAUGUCGAUGUCCAGAUCAACGAUGGCAAGGUUGAGCUGAAGGGACCUUCGGCCAAGGCCCUGCAAUGCAAGAAGGACAUCCUGGACAUGGCCAAGAAGCUCGAAGACGAAGCUACCCACAUCCUCAAGGUCAAGCCACAGUACCACCGUGACUUGAUCGGCGCUGGCGGCAAGCAAGUUGAGCGUCUGCAAGACCGUUACGGCGUGCGCAUCAACUUCCCCAGGCGAGCACAGAACGACGAGGACGGAGACGCAUCGUCACAAAAGAACACCCGUCCUAGCCAAAACCAGGACGAGGUCAUUGUCCGAGGUCCCAGAAAGGGCGCCGACGAGGCCCGUGACGAAGUUCUGAGCCUGCUCCAGUACAUCAUGGACAACUCUUACAGCGACACUGUCUCGGUCGCACAAAGCAACAUCCCGCGGCUGAUCGGAUCUGGCGGUCGCGAGAUGGAGAACCUCCGUCUCGAGACUGGAUGCCAGAUUGACGUUCCGGGUGCUCGUGAAGGUGCUGAUCCUUCUGGCCGUGCCGAGAUCAAGCUCAAGGGAACCAAGAAGCAGGUCGAGGAGGCAAAGAAGAUUCUGCAACAACGUGCCCGGGAGUUUGAUGACACCGUCGUUGAGACCCUUGAAGUUGACAGGAAACACCACAGGAACCUCAUUGGCGGCAGUGGUGCCAACAUCCGUUCCAUCGUCACGUCAGCUGGCGGCCCUGACAACUCUCGCGAUUUGGCACGCAUGGUGCGAUUCCCUCGCGCCGAGUCUGAUGAGUCUACUAUUCGCGUAGAAGGCCCCAAGAGUGUGGUUGAGAAGAUUAUUGCCGCUUUGAAGGCACAGGUGGCCUCGCUGGAGAACCAGACAACCGAGACACUUGAGAUUUCUCCUGACAAGCACCGUCUGCUCAUUGGUCGCGGUGGUGAGACUCGUCGCUCUCUCGAAUCUCAGCUCAAGAUCCAGCUGGACAUUCCCAAGCAGACUACCACUGGUACUGCCCGCAGCCAGGUAAAGAUUACUGGUGAGCUUGCUGCUGUCGAGAAGGCCAAGGAGCACAUUCUUGAGCUUGUCAAGGGCCAAGAGGGCGAGACGAUCCAGGUCCCUCGUUAUCUCCACCACGCAAUCUCAGACAACGGCCAGUUCUUCCGUCAACUCCGCAACCAGCACAAGGUCACCGUUGACCACGGUGGCGAGCAGAUUCCUCCCAAGCCUGCUCAAGCUGAGGGUGGAAAGGCCAGGAAGGGCGCAAACGGCGCUCUGCCUUUGAUUACUGAUGAUGCAACCAAUGGUUCCAACGAGCACUCUUGGGAGAUUGUCGAUCACAAUGUUGCCGAAGAGGGUGCUGACACCUCUGCCACGAUUCCUUGGAUCCUGCGUGGUCCUGCUGAGAACCUUCCCAAGGCCCGCCAAAAGCUUGAGCAGGCCAUUGAGGCUGCUUCCAAGCCAUCUUCCACUGGUUACCUCAUCCUACCAGACCCACGAAGCUACAGGCUUGUCGUCGGACCUGGUGGUUCCACCAUCAACGACCUCCGCAAGAAGACCGGUACCAAGAUCCAGGUCCCCCGCGACCAGGCCAAGGAUGAGGCCAUUGAGAUUGUCGGUACUAGGGAAGGAUGCGAAGAGGCUCGCCAGAUGAUUCUUGACAUUGUUUCCAGGGGCGGCAACGGCGGCCGCAAGGACCGCUCUUGAAUCAUGUGUAUGUGAAACGAAAGCGACAUGUAUAACCGAUUAUCAGCCAUGAUCCAGAGAGGACAGAGACACUGUUCAUCUCUAAUGAUACUGGAUCAUGCUACGAAGGUUGAAGGGAGGAGAUGAGGAGGGAUCAUGACCUUGAUUGAUGAAAAAAGAACAGAAAUUUCCUCUCAUGUCUCUGUCUCUCUUUCUCUCUAUGGGGGUGGGGUUUUCUUCCAACCCUACUAAAAGCGGGGGAUAUAUAGCGGUUUUUCAUGAUGGGUUUUUCUUUGCUAUGUAGCUUGUAAAAAGAAUAACAAGUUAAUUCUCUUUUUU